GAACAGUUAGGUUAGUUCGUUAGGUUGAGCAGAGAAACAAACCUAACGAUGCAAGUUAUUAGUGAUUUGUAAAGCAAAAACAAAAAAUUAAUCAGAUAGAUUGGUCGGAAACAACCUCCAUAUACUGAGAUUUUAAAGGGCUUGUUGUUUAAACUGAAUGCGAAAUGGAUAUUGCCUCCUGUUUACAGUGCUUUGAAAGCAGUUUGAGCUCAUAUACAGGAGAUGACCCGCUGGAUCCAUGGGACAAGUUUGUGGAGUACCUGGAGGAGAGAUUACCUGCAGACGGCAGCAGCGGGAUGUCGCUGGUGUUUCACAGUCUUGUACAGAGAUUUCUGAAUGUCGAGCAAUACGCAAAUGACAUCCGAUAUGUGAACUACUGCAUCAAAUGCGCCAGUUAUUACUCCGACCCCAUCGCGCUGUAUAGUCACGUCUACAGUAAGGGCAUCGGCACCACGACGGCCGCCCUCUACGUGGCCUGGGCUCAGCAGUUUGAGAAGAGCGGGAUGAACGAGCAGGCGGACGCCGUGUUCCAGAAAGCAGCAGAGAACCAAGCACAGCCAGCCGACACGGUUCUCAAUGAACACAGGCAGUUUCAAACAAGAACCAGAAUCCAGACUCCAGUUUCAGCUGGCAGUCGAACCCCGCUGCAAAACUCCCACUUAACCAACCAGAUGUCGUCCCACAGAGAACCUGCAGCUCAAAACAAGGCCUCUGUGGAUUCUGCACCCAAACCUUCUACACAUCAAACCACCCUGAUAGUGUCUCGCUCUGAGACUUCGGGGGCGAUCCCCUCCAGUCAAGACUCCGGUGUGCGCACUGUGUCGGAGUACAUGAAGGACGAACUCGUCUGUGAAGGAUCUGAGUUGUGCUUUGAGGAGAUCCGAGCAGAAAGAUACUUCCACGCGCUCCGGGAGAAGCGGCCGAAGGAGCAGAGAGAACCAACGAAGAAGAUGCUGAGGGACAACAACGAGUUCAUCCUGACAGUUCAAUAUUAUCUGGAGAACAUAAACCAGGUCUGUGGAGGUUUGAGCAGCCCGCCUCCGUCACACCUGCUGUCUGCAGUAGAACCAGCCCCCGGUCUGAUGCCUGAUCCUACCCAGCAGCCCUUUGGGCGUCCGAGCAGCAGGCGCUCCCUCGGCUUGAGAUUACACGCCGAGCCGAGCUUCAUCCUAGAAGCUCCCGCCGUCCCCGACCCGCCUCGCCAGCGGCACGACGCCGGGGCCGCUGCCACGGAUGCUCUGAGAUCAGAAGCUUCCCAUCAUCCCUCUGUCCUCGCCGACGGAAGCUUUCAUCUACCAGAGUCUUCCACGGCGUCCGGCGUCCAGACCUCCGUGCACAUGAACCUGUCGCUCCACGGACCCGCCUGCGUCUCUGCCGGGAACACUGACGCUUCCUUCCAGGAGCACGACGCCACACAUCCGGAAGUCGCUCUCACGCCGGAGCUCCAGGAGAAACUCAAUCCGAACCUGUCUCACACAGCGAACCUGUCUCACAUCACUCCCAACACCUCACUGGGCUUCGUUCAGGCGACGCCGUCCAGGGUGCUGCCGUCCCCCACCGUCAACACACGGGAGGCUCUGGAUGUGAUCAUGGACAUGUUCCAGCCCCGACUCUCCUGGAGGACCCGUUCCCCACACCUCGAGUUCCAUCCUGCCGACAACACAACGGUAAACAAGAUCCCUUUCUUCAGAAUGUCUCAAAUGAACUUUAGAGGCGUGUCCUCUUUCAGCCACCCCCCCACCACAGCCCCGUUCACCGUCUUCCAGGACGACACGGACAAAGAAAACGGCCGAGCUGCUGCUCCCGCUGCGGUGGAGAAAUCUAAACCAAUCAGAGCUCUGGCUGAACUCCCUGUGCCCAACAAACCCAACGACACUCCCGUGGACCUGAUGCCCGACGAGAGCACCAUGUGGGGCGCUCGCUACAACUCCCUCAACUCCCUCAACUCGCUGGAUGCGUGUCCCAACAGCACCACAGACUUCGCCAUGCUGGCUCAGUUUGUCUCCACGCCGUUCACUCACAAGUCGGCGUUCAACUUCUACGAGGACGAUGAGAACGACUGUGACGCUGCAGAUGUUGAGGACGAUGCUUUCAUCAGACGGCAGCCGAAGAAGCUCAGGUGUUGA